AUUGAAUCCUGCGAUAGCCGCCGCCAUUGAAGUACUCAAGCGCUAGUGAGCGUUUGAUAAAUAUCCUUAAAAAUCAUAUAACACAAAUUUAAUCUAAAACCUUGAAGUGAAAUUGAAAAUUUUAAGUUUGUAGGAAGUGUAUUUGAAUCUCAGACACCAUGUCUUACAUGCUCCCGCAUCUUCACAAUGGCUGGCAAGUGGACCAGGCUAUUUUAUCUGAGGAGGAUCGUGUGAUAGUUAUUCGAUUUGGUCACGACUGGGACCCUACAUGUAUGAAAAUGGAUGAGGUUUUGUACAGUAUUGCUGAGAAGGUAAAGAAUUUUGCAGUAAUUUACUUAGUGGACAUUACGGAAGUGCCCGAUUUCAACAAGAUGUACGAGUUGUAUGACCCUUGCACGGUCAUGUUCUUUUUCAGGAACAAGCACAUCAUGAUUGAUCUUGGAACUGGUAAUAACAACAAGAUAAACUGGACCAUGGAAGACAAGCAGGAGAUGAUAGACAUUGUUGAGACUGUCUACAGGGGCGCCAGGAAAGGACGGGGUCUUGUGGUGUCUCCAAAAGACUACUCUACCAAAUACCGAUACUGAUCUCUGCUUCGAUAUUUAUUCAUUAUAUCAAUUUUUUUCUUCAGUGUCAUGGUUGGACAAUAUCUGUGCAUUCAGCAAAAACCUCAUCUAGACUGUGUAUUGUUUGAUUUUUCAACCCAUGUUUGAAUGUUUUACACUUGCCUGUGUGUGGUCAUUUGUGUUUUUAUAGUUUUGUUUUCUUUAAAUGCCAGUUUAUAAUAAAUGAACAAUGAUUUCAUGA